AUGGAGGAAAUUACAGGCUCACAUUUGACAAAUGAGCCUGAGAAGGGGCUGGGGACCCCAGCCGAGGGAAUGAGAGGCGGCACUGAUAUGUCAAAUGUUCGUUAUGGGACGCAACUCCCGCCCAUGGAUGGUGGAAUGAAUGCCUGGCUGUUCCUCGCUGCGUGCUUCGUUAUGGAGGCUCUCGUCUGGGGGUUCGCCUUCACCUUCGGUGUCUUCCAAGCGUAUUACAGCGACAUGCCUCAAUUCAAGGACUCCGGUAAUAUCGCCGUCAUUGGAACCUGCGCUAUGGGAAUCAUGUAUCUCGACCUCCCUCUUGUGUUCGCCGCCUACAGACAAUGGCCAAAAUAUCAACGCUUCGGCUGCGCCCUAGGUGUUUUACUAAUGUGUGCGGCUCUCGGCCUGAGCUCCCUCGCCACAAACACCAACCACCUUAUCGUCACUCAGGGGAUAUUCUAUGCACUCGGCGGCAGCAUCGCCUACGCUCCAUGUAUCCUCCUAAUGGAAGAGUGGUUUGACCGGCGAAAGGGCCUCGCGUUUGGUGUCAUGUGGGCCGGCACUGGAAUCGGCGGUGUUGUUCUCCCUAUCGUCAUGGAACAGCUGCUGGGCAAGUAUGGGUUCCGGAUUACCCUACGAGGCUUCGCAGUCGUGUUGUUUAUUCUCACGGCACCGCUGGUCUAUUUCGUCAAGCCGCGUGUACCUAUCCCAGAUAACCGACCCAGUCCGCCUGCCCCAAACUUCCGGUUCAUGUUUACAUCCACCUUUGCUAUCUUCGAGUUUUGCAAUAUCGUCGAGGCGCUCGGCUUCUUCUUGCCAUCUAUCUACCUCCCGACUUACGCAGGCAUGAUCGGUGCCUCGACUUCCCCCCAAGCACUGACUGUUAUACUCUUCAACUUGGCCUCCGUCGUCGGCUGCGUACUUAUGGGUGCCAUCAUCGACAAACUAGACGUGACGCUCUGCAUCCUCAUUUCAACUGUCGGAUCCUCUAUCGGCGUUUUUCUCAUCUGGGGCUUCUCUACAUCCCUCGCUCCUCUGUUCAUAUUCUCGAUCAUAUACGGUCUCUUCGCAGGCUCAUACACCAGUACCUGGCCUGGUAUUAUGCGCGAGGUAGUCCACAACAAACCCUCCGCUGAAUCAAGCAUGGUCUUUGCCUGUCUUGCGGCCGGAAGGGGCGUCGGGAAUUUGGUUUCCGGUCCCCUUAGUGAGGGUCUUAUCAAGGGGUUGCCGUGGGAGGGGAACGCUGGGUACGGUUAUGGGAGUGGAUAUGGAACCUUGAUUGCUUUUACAGGCGUUACAGGCGUUGUGGGUGGUGGGAGUUACGCUGCGAGGCGUAUGAAGUGGUUGUAA